UCAGCUCUGCGAGCUGAAAGGGGGUAACAAGUUAGGCCGAGCGUGGCGGUAGGAGGGCAGCUCCCGCCCAGCCGUUUCCCGUCCCUACGAGAGAAGCAGUCAUGGUCGAGCCCGGUUUCCUUCCAGCGCCGAAGCUGCUUCCGGGAUACCAUCAUGAGGGAGUGAGAGGCGCAGGAGCCCGAGCGCGGCCCGGUGGACUGUCCUCCUCCUCUCCGAGUUCUGCAAAGCGGCACCUGUCUCCUCAGGGAGCGGCCGACGCCGGGGGCAGAGUACAUGUUCCGGGUGGCUCAGCCCAACCCGAGCAGACCUCCGGCCGCCAGGAAGAGCUGGCAUUUCAGUAAGACUAUGGAGGAGCUAGUUCAUGACCUAGUCUCUGCACUGGAGGAAAGUUCAGAGCAAGCAAGAGGUGGCUUUGCAGAUACUGGCGAUCAUUCUCGCAGCAUCUCAUGUCUUCUAAAACGCCAGGCUCGAAAGCGAAGGGGAAGGAAAAGACGAUCAUUUAAUUCACAUCAUCCCUGGGAGACUGGACAUUGUUUAAGUGAAGUUUCUGAUUCCAGCCUUGAGGAGCCAAACAAGGAUUAUAGAGAGAAUUAUGCUGCUAAUAAGAAAGACCAUAGUGAUUCUGAUGACCAACUGUUGGUUGCAAAACGCAGACCAAGUUCAAAUUUAAAUAACUUAAGAGGCAAAAGACCUCUCUGGCAUGAACCUGAUCUAGCCGUUGACAAUUUAGGUAAUAGGACUCUGCGUAGACGCCGAAAGGUGAAACGGAUGGCAAUUGAUCUACCUUCUGAAGUAACAAACAAAAUUACAUUGCCCCAACAAGAUAACAUUAAGGAUCAGGAAAUGGACAAGGACAACAAGUCUUGCCCACAUCAAGAACUAUCAAAGAGUAAAGUCAAAAAAAGAAAAUUAGCAAAUAGACAAGGCCCAGACAUUCUGGAUGAAGGUGUGGUUAUAGAGAAUGAUGAAAUCAAUCCUGCAAACAAGGAUAAAAUGGAGUAUGAAGAGCAAAAGGGCUCAGAUGAAAACAUGAGUGACAGUGAAUCCAGCAGCCUCAGCAGUAGUGAUGCUGGUUUGUUUACCAAUGAUGAGGGAAGACAAGGUGAUGAUGAGCAAAGUGACUGGUUCCAUGAAGGUGAACCUGGAGGUGCCUGUGGGAUUACUGGAAUUAUUCCUUGGUGGGAAAAGGAAGAUUCAGCAGGACUGGAGAAGGAGAUGCCCGACCCUGUCUUUGAAAAUAUUUUAACAGGGAGUUUCCCACUUAUGUCCCAUUCAGGCAAGAGAGAUUUCCAGACAAGGCUUAGUCAUCUUCAUGGAAUGCCAGCAAGAAACAUCAAAAAGGUAACAGGAAACACAACUACAAUGAUUACUACUACAGGCUCAUGCAGUAACAAAAAAGCUGUGCUUUUAUCCCAGGAAUUCCAUCACCACGACCAUUGGUUUAGCCCUGCGGCUAGAAAGGAACACAGCCAGCUUCAGCUAUUACGAGAUAACCGAUCAGAAAGAGGACACAAGAAGAACAGUUCAGUGAAAACAGCCAGCAGACAGACAAGUGUCCAUCUAGGAUCCUUAUGUAUGGGUGAUAUCAAACGAAGGAGAAAAGCAGCACCAAUGCCAGGGCCUACUGGGUUUGUUGGUGAAAACGCUCAGCCAAUCUCAGACAGCAACAUUGGGAACCGGAUGCUCCAGAGCAUGGGCUGGACACCUGGAACAGGCCUUGGGCCAGAUGGCAAAGGGAUAGCCGAACCAAUCCGGGCUAUCCAGAGGCCAAAGGGACUUGGACUUGGAUUCAGCUGACGGAAAGAGAAUCCCACUGCUGGUGCAGACAUCAACAUAACUAACUUGAACUCUUAAUACCUGAAAAUAAUCUGAUCUGUUGCCAAGACAUCCAGUGAUUCUUACUGUAAUUUUUGAAUAGAGACGCUUCAUUGUUUUCUGUUAAAGCUAUGUGGGGCCAGUCGUUAGGGCAGUCCUAAUGUUUGAAUCCUGAGUAUGUAAUGAUGAUCUUAUUUUAAAUUGUACUUUUUUGUUUUCUGUGGUCUUAAUUAGUUCCGUUGGCAAAGAUUCAAAGAACUGAUUAAUUUCUCCUCCCACUUUUUAAAAGGCUUGCCAACACCAUACAUAAACCCCAGUUACCCUUUGCUGGUUUUAUCAUAGGUCUUUUAUUCUGGAAAGCUGCUUUGUUACUAAGACACCUUGUCUGGGAAGCAUUUUGCUGCAUUUCUAGCAUUCAUUCCAAAAAAUUGUGGUGGGCAGUACACAAGAAAGCCUGGCUACAGAAUUCUUUUUGUAAUAAGAGGCAGAAUUAGAACAGGAAAAGAGAUAAGAGUUUACCUUUUAAACUUAGAUGGAAUUAACAAUGUCAAAAUGGCAGGUGGAACCAGGUGAUUGAACCCCCAUCCUUUUUUACAUGGGUGUGGUAAGUGUGAUGAAUGUUAAAAGGGGACAGGGUUUCAAUCGUCCUGUCACAUGGAAGAUUUUUAUGCUGUUGACAUCCCUCGCCCCAUAGAUGCCCCCAGCCCAUAUGCCAAAAAAUGAGGGACAAAGCCUAAAUUAAAUUGUGUGUGUGUGUCAAAUUAAGUACAUACAACUAACGUGACCUUUUAUUCCUUUAAUACUUUUCACCUUUGGUCACAAUAAUUGUAAUUGCAACAGGGGCUACAUUGAAUUUUGGGGGUCACAUUUAGCCCUGGAGCCUCAGAUAUGCACCCUUGGUUUUAAAAUACUGCCAUCUGACUAUAUAGCCUUGAUUCACAGGGCUCUUCUAGAUGGCUUAAUAUUGGUUAUAUGCAAUCUCUCUAGAUCAGCAUAAAUUGCCUCUUGCUUCAUAGAGUGCAAUUUCGCAUGAGAAUUGCAAAAUGACAAAUGACAAAUUUGUCUUCCAACAUUUGCAGCAGGUAACUCCAUUCUCUUUUCUUGUUUACAUGCCCUCCAAGUACAGUUUUAAACUUUUUGUUUUUACCUUCCUUUCUGGUGUCUUAGCUUGUAUUCUUUUUAAAAUAAAGAUUUUAAACCAAUUCUACUGCCACCUUUUACCCUAUCACUGUGAGUGUCUAUCUUGAGGGGAUGGAUUAUAUAUGGGACCAUAUCAACUAGAGUCAGUUGUAGUUUGGGGAAUAUUUCUAUAAUUGACAAAUGGCGACUGCUAGUGAGAAGGAGGCUUCCCAGGCACAAUUUUUUAAAAAGCAGCCAAGGAAAUAGUAAAACAGGCAAUCUUUUGAUAAGAUUAACAAUAUUAUACUUAAUCUUUGGACUUGUCAUUGUGCUGAUGUCUCAAAUUCAUUAAAGAGGACCUCCAUCAAUGCA